AUGACGAUCGCAUAUGUUUCUGAUACAGGAAAGAAAGAACUAUAUCAUGAAAUGUUGCAAGAAUGUUUCGGAUUUUCUCUGUCGCACCUGAACAAGUGGAACUCCAGUCGAAUGGUGUGCACCUUGUGCAUUGCUCAGCUCAAGCUUGCCUGUGCUUUCAAAAACCAAGUGCAGCAGUCCGAGAGGCAUUUCAACUUCUACUACAAUACCCAGACAAAUCGCCAUCCCAUAAAGAAUGUGGAGGAAUGUGAAAAGCCUGGAAUUACUGAAGAAUUGUCAGGAAAAAACAAUGUCGCCAUAAAAUUGGAAGACGAUAAACCAAUGUUUAUACCAUUAUUGAGGGAUGAAGAGCGCCCAUUACUAAAGCCAAAUCGCCCCCAAAGAGGGAUGCGAAAGAGAAAGAAAACUUCUAAACGGGCACGUGAGAAAAGGACGGAAGAAUCUAAACUAAUCACUGAAUAUGAUUCGGAUACUCCCAUUGCGAAGUUGGCAGAAUUGAUUUCAUGUCAGGCCAAACGAGAUAUUGAAACUGUAGCUACAAAUGGCGAAUCUGGUCAGAGAGACAAUGGCCCCAUAAAUAGGGCCAAGGUCGAAGCGGCUGGCCAGCCGGAGACGGAGAAUCCGAAACACGUAUCCGAACGGAGACGCGUGAGGGUGACCUGCUUGGCCGUCCUCCGAGAGACCACCGCCUGCCCGUUCCGGCACCACAGGAGCUGGUUCCGCUGCUUCUUCUGCGCGCAGGACUUCAUGCGGAUGGUGCUGCUGAGGGAGCACACGUUUAACGCCCACGCCGACCUAGUGGGCGAGCUGGGGCGCUUGAAGCGCUACCCUCGCUCGCUGCAGAUCGACAUAACGGACCUCGAGUGCCGCCGCUGCGGAUCCAAGAUGGCGGAUGUAGGCGCCAUGCGGGACCACCUGUCCCAAGAGCACGGCACCACCGUCCACGUGGAGUGCAUCGCCGACUACAAGGUGGACGGCAGCCCGUACGUCUGCCACGUGUGCGGCGAUCAGUUCCACGUGUUCCGCACCCUCACCACGCAUCUGAACGUGCACCGCGCCAACUGCAUAUGCGACGUGUGCGGCCGGCCGUUCCUCAACGGCAAGCGGCUGGCGGUGCACCGCCGCUCGCACCAGACGGGCAGCUACCCCUGCCCCGAGUGCGGCAAGGUCCUGCCCACGAAGACCUCCAGGUCGAACCACGUGGAGAGCGCCCAUUCGAAACGCGCGCUCCGCUGCCACGUGUGCGGCGAGCCGAUGAGGCACUACAACGCGCGCAUCAAGCACAUGUCCGAGGCUCACCAGAUCACGCACGUGUUCCGCUGCACUGUAUGCGGCCGGGAGUAUAACGUGAGGCACUACCUGGCCACGCACAUGCGGCAGGCGCACGGCGCCAAGGACAAGAAGUGCGAGCUCUGCGGCGCCGCCUUCGUAACCGGCCAUGGGCUGAAGAAGCACAUGAGGAGGCACACCGGCGACAGGCCGUUCCAGUGCCCCGUCUGCAGGAAGGCGUACGCGAGGGGCAGCACCCUGAAGGAGCACAUGAGGGCGCACCACGCAGAGCGUCCCGCACGAUCC